AUGCCUGAUGACGAAGGAGACUCCUCCUUUUCGGAUUCGUCCACAGCCAGGCUUGCCGACCUUUCAUUCUCCUCUACGGAACCGCUACUAGGAAGCAUAAGUAACAUUGAAGAUGAUACCACUCAUAGCCACUAUACCAACUCAGACAGUCUUACUCGAGAGCUUUUGGGCUUAGACUUAAAUACAAACUUUAGCAUAGACUCCAGAAUUGAUUCAAAUCCUCUCCCUUCUCAGCAAAACCCAGGCACAGUCACCCCGCCAUUGAACUCCUCGCGUAACCCCCGCUUCUCUAUUUUGCCAAAUAAUCCAUUCACCGUUAUCACAAACCCAGAUUCUCACGGUGUUAUUUCAGGAACUCCCAAUGAAAUUCGUAGAACCGUUCUUGCUGAAUUUGAUAAUGACCUUCGUGAUCUUUUUGCUCUCGAAACAAGUCCAUAUUAUAGUAGCGACUGUGAUUCACCAGACCGCACCCCAAUUGCUCGUGUUGGUACAAACAGCUCCCACUUAAGCAUUCUCACAUCAGCCAGUAAUGGGAGUGGCAACAUCACUGUUUCAGCGUCGUCGCGGCGGCUAGCAGAUCUUAGCGCCGCUCCAUCCUCGACUCCAACCCCGUCUUUUGCACCAGCCUUAUCACUAGUGCCUCCGUUAGCGCAGUCGCUAGGGCCGUCGUUUGGACCAGUCCCUGCUUCAGCCCCAGCAUCAACUCAAUCAUUUCCUUCUUCUGUUCAUUCUUCAACAACAAAAAAACGCACCCGGAGAUCCUCCACCUUCUCCAACCUCAAUUUCAGUUUCAUGCAACCCCAGGCCGCACGCCAUUCCAUUCAAGGCAACCAAAAUCAUGCAAACACCAUGGCCAGCAGUAGCAACAACAGCACCACCGGGCAACAAAAACUAGCAGCAGGAGUUCUGGCCAGUGCCUUUGAAGGAAACAACAGCAAACCAUCUUCCUCCUCUUCUUCCUCCUCUUCUUUUUCCUCUUCAUUAUCCUCUUCGUCAUCAUCAGUUUCUGCGACAUCUUCAUCUACUGUUUCAUUAUUUUCACGCCAGCAUCAUAACCAACAGCAACAACUACCACAACAACGCCCAAAGACUCUCAACUACUCUCGCUCCUUCUCGCAUCUAUACGCGACUGCCGCAAUGACUACAAGCAUUCCAGUUCCAACCGCAGUUUCCUCUGACCGACCUCUUACUCAUCCAGCUCCACGUAGCCUUCGUAAAAAUGCAUCUAUUCCAAAUAUGCGUCUCUCUUCUCCGGGAUCCUCUCCAGUCUCAUCUAUUUCUUCCAGACCACCUUCCCCCAAAAAAUACCAACAAUCAAAACCAGCAGCAGCCGUAAACCAGGUUCCCUACACAAAACGUAGGCCCACUCCACUUAAUCUCGACGCGCUGUCCUUUGUCGAAGACUCGUUUGGUUUAUCACGCUCUGCUACAAAUUCUAAAACUGCAUUCUCAGAUUCUCUCACACCUGUUGGUCCUGCUAUUGCAACUAGCGGAUCAGACGACGAACCUCCGUUUUUUUCUGCUGCAGCGGUGACUGUUGCCUCUUCUGGUGCUCCAUAUGCAAAACCUUAUCCUUCGGCUGGCAUACCUACCUCCGUUACUUCCGUUUCAGGGGGGCACCUUGCAAGCACCACUAGUGGAUUUAAUACCCACCACCACCAUAACCAUUUCACAAACCAACAACAACACCAUUACACUCACAUCAACAACUACAUGUCUACACUCUCCCCAGUGCCGCUGGGUCCUGUUAUGGCUGCUUCUUCAGCCCGAAUUGAAUCUCCUUCCCCAACCCUUUCUUCUUCAGAUGAGUCCUUUCAUGAAGCCAUUCAGAGCCCUUCUAUGCUCGAGCAUCCAACCUUUUCAGCCAAUGCUUCUGCUCCAAUACAAGGGCAAACCACAACACCAGCUCCACGUAAAUUGCCUAAGUCGGCUUCAUACCUUGAUUUAAAGGCCUCCAAGUCGUCACUUUCUCCUACUGGUAACUCAUUCCGGAGUCUUGCAUCGGCGUCGACCUCUGCAUUUGUGCCAGCAGAAACCAUUCGACACCAUCCACAUGGACCCAGUCAUGGGAUUUCACCAUCCAGAUCAAUUCCAGUUGGUCUUUUGGCUCCCACAAUUACAGGUGUAUCUGUGGUAUCAUCUGUAUCUACAGUCUCCACAGUUUCGUCCACAGCAUCAUCUGCAUCCUCAUCCUCCUCAUCAGAUGCUCGCACGCUACAUACCAAGCGCUCUAGCCUUCAACUCUUUACUGACCGUAUUAAGGAUCGUUCUUCAGAUGAUACAGAUUCACAAUCUUUGGAAACAUCAAACAACCCUCGCCACAGACUUUCUUUACGCAAACGUAACAGUAAAUCAUUCCAAACAUCUCCUCCAACUCCAGCUUUGCAGCCAGUCUCACUGAAGCAAACAAUAAAGGAGUCUUCUCGGUUUUUUCACCGAAAAACAGAGCGCACCAAAAGCAGCAAGCCCAAGAGUGCAUCAUCAUCUCCUAACGAAUCAUCUACGGACAAUCCCUUAUUAGAAUCAACGGAAUCUUCAAGGCGUCUUUCGACAGCAUCAUCCAGCCCAACAACGUCAUACACCACGACAACACUAGAAAAACGUCCCUCCUUGUCACACAUGUCUUCAAAUUUCUCCUCUAAAAUCCGUUCGUCCCGACUUUCUUCUAUUAGUCUAUUUUCUUCAGAAAAGGAAGGCGGACCAUCUGGCAUGGGAUCCGGGUCUUCAAAUGCUGGCCAAUCGGGAGGUGGGUCAACUGGAAGCUCAAUUACACCUCCACGCCGUCACCGUCACAAAAAAUCACAGUCUACAUCUUCUCCUAAUUGGUUUUCUCAGGCACUGCCAACGUCAUCGCCCUCAACAACAUCUCUUACACCAAUCCGUACAUCACCAUCAACCCAUGAUCUUAGUCUUCUCCGGAGAGCCAGCUCAGCAAGCAGCUCAUCAGCAAGCAUCACCAGUCUUGGUGCGGCCAACCCUAAUAACAGCUCUGUGACUUUAGGCGGUACAGGUAGCAGCGUCACUCAUUCUUCAACCAAUUCUGGAUCACUGUCUGCUCGUCAGCAGCACACACAAUUGUCUUCUCGUGCACAUCCAACACCAACAUGGGAAUUUGUGCGCGUACCAGAAAAUGCAGGUCUUGAUAUGCCAGAUUUUGAUAACACAUUUCUUUCUUUCCUCCCAUCUUCACCAUUUUCGGCCACGUUUAGUGGGUCAAUUAGCGAAACAUCUACACGUACGCCUCCUCCUCCUUUUUCUUCUUCUUCUUCUUUUUCCGAAAACAAAACACUGGCUGCUCCAAUAUGGUUUCUUCGCCAAGUGGUAUCUUCCAACUCUCAACCAGUAGGGUUAUCUCUGUCCGCACAUUUAUUUCUCCCCCGAAGCAUGUGGAGCUCGCUUGAUGCAAGCAUUGGAGCUCGCCUUUUGGAUAGCCGUAUUGAAUGCCUUCACGAAGCUACCCGUAUCGGCACUCUUCUUUUUGGUGAUGACAGUUCACCUGCGGUGGCGGCAUCAUCUGAAACAUUGUCACGCCAAACUCUACAACUUUCAGCUUUGGAACAAGAGUUUCAUGUUGCUUUCAUUGAACCAUUGUCUUCAGUGCUCCAACAUGAUAUCACAACUGCUCCCUCUACCCCUGGUCCGUCUCCCAUUAGCUCGUCGUCGUCUUCAUCCACUUCUUCUGCGUCAUCAUCAGUUUCAAUAACGUCCAGCGCUAGCUCAGCAACUUCCUUACAAACUUCUCCACCAAAACAAACUUAUCUCAGCUUGAGCCGCCGAAAUAGCGCUUCCACAAAUACCUCAACAUCACCAUAUGCACCACAUAUUUAUGCCCAUAGUCUAGGGUUUGGCCUUGGUCACCACGGUUAUACAGGUAAUAGUGCUACUAGUGCAUAUAAUGCACUUUACAGCGACAAACUAGCCGCUCUUGGAGCUAACAAGUCUACAGCAACGGUCGGCGCAGGUACCUCAGCCGUAUCACCAACACCUCAGAGUGGAGCUCAUGUUCGCGCUUUGUCUCCAUCGUCGACUUCCUUUUUGCGUCAUUCUUCGGUCACGACACUACUUGCAGGACCUGACUCGCCGGCGGAACCUGCACCAUCCAAAAUUCCAGUAGGAUCCGCACACAAGAAACAUUCUCAAGGGUCGGGAUCAAACGGCUCGGUAGGCACUACUAAUCGUUUGCGCAAACGUGGCCCAGGAAGUAGCAGCUCCAAUAUUGGAAAUGUGAUUUCUUCAUCUGUUUCCUCUAAUAAUUUGGCCUCCAUGCCAAUGAAAACAACAUUGUCCAGUGGCAGUACGUCGCCCACAAGCUCAUCGAAAUCCAGCGAGAAAAUUGUGACACCCACACCUUCUACAACCACCACUCUCCAAUCUUACAUUGCAGCAAUUACAGACCUUAUUGCUAUCCUGGAACCCUUGGCAUCGUCUUCCUCUAGUUCUGAUGAUUUUUCAGAGCACCAGUCACUUGAUCCCAAUGCAGACAAGCAUGCUCAAGGUGUGCAUGCAUUCUGCGUCUUUGUGGCCAAGGUUGUGUGUCGGUUAAUUCUUAAAGAUGUCCAGUCGCUAGUUGAUCUUCACCAGAGUCAAAUCCGUGACUGGAUAUUAUCGUGA